CAGCGCCAGAAUAGACAGCGAACUUGCUCACUGUGGUUCGCUGCACAACUCUUAUAAGAAUAUUAAAUAAGUACCUAAAUGCAGUAAACAAAUAUUAAGUUGCUCAUACGAUGUCUUUCAAAAGUGUUUUGUUUUUGCUAACUGUGUUACGUGUUGGUUACAGUUCAGUUGAUCUAGGAAAAUUCCUAAAGAUAUGCGAUAGAAAUGCUGUGGAUGUGAACGAUUGCCUAGUGGAAGCCAUCCAGAAGGGUAUUGUGGCGAUGGCUGGAGGUCUCAAAGAGCUCGAUGUGCCUCCUUUGGACCCUAAUCACGAGAAAGAAAUUCGAAUAAUGUAUCAAAGGAAUCAGAUUUUCGCCAGGAUGAGCAUGAAGGAUAUUAAUGUAGAAGGGUUGAAAAAAAGUACUGUCCACGAUGCUAGAUUACGCGCAGAUGAAGAUAGAUUCCACCUAGAAGUAGAUAUGACUACGCCGCGAGUUUUCGUCCAAGGAAACUAUUUUGGCGAAGGACGAUUCAACUCGCUUACAUUCAAUGCAAGUGGAAUGUUCAACACUACUAUGACUGAUCUGGUGUACACCUGGAAGUUGGACGGCGUCCCGGAGAAACGAGACAACGAGACCUACAUCAGGAUCAAAUCAUUCUACAUGCGGCCUGAUUUAGGGAGCUUAGAGGCCUAUGUGUCCAAUGAUAUUCCCGAGAGUCAGGCUAUAAUCCAGCUAGCGAACAAUUUCGCGAACGCGAACUGGCGGCCGCUGUACCGCGAGCUGCUGCCGUAUGCGCAGGCCAACUGGAACAAGAUAGGCAUCAGGAUCGCGAACAAACUCUUCCUCAAAGUGCCCUACGAUAAGAUGUUCCCAGCUUAGAUUAGUUUUUGUAUUUUCGUGUAAGGUUAUGUUUAAAUAUAGUUUA